UAUAUAUGACCGAACAAGUUAGAUUAAAAGAAUACACGCUAUAAUUUAUUUAUAUUUUUAAAUAAUUCGCCGCCAUGACGUCAUUAUAUUUUAUUUUGGCGUAGUUGAUUUUCUUCUCAGUUAAAAAGCUGGUUAGUUAAGAAAAAAACCCAACAACUUUAACGCUAGUUCUUGUUCGCUAAUUCACUACCUAGCAAGCUCUCUUAGCAACUUAGCAACCAGAGACCAGCACAGUGCUAGCGGUUAGACUGGUGAGCAACCGCAGCUAGCUCGCUGGCUAGCCGAACCAUUCAGGUAUUAUAUGUAAACAUCAGGGGCAGAGACAUUUGAAAGGCAGCGGUGGAUUUUUCGAAGAGGUUUUGAUUCAAGACGGAGCUUCAAGAAGCUCUGAAUGUGCGGGUGAUCAUGCGAGUGCCUCACCCAUGUCCGUGCACUCGCUGACUCCUCACAUUCGGACCGUUUGAGCGGGCUCUGCGAUGCAGCCAUGAGCUCGGUGCUAUGGAGUCAGGAGAAGGGGGCGGGCAGCCCGCGGGACGACUGGCGCUUCUUCAUGCUGCUGAAGGAGUGCGUGGUGGAGAAGGCGGCACAGAAGGUGGUGCGUGUCCAACGUGGAAGUCUGGGUCAAGUCUGCCCCGAGCGCAACAGCCUGGGCCGCCCGCUGCCCCCCGCCAAGGGCAAGCGCAGCCUGAGAAUUCUGGAUCAGAGCAACGUGGUGGCGAGCGUAGACGAGCGUGAUGCACUGGAGCUGGACGAGGCCCUGGCCGAGCUGCUCUUCCCCAUCACCAACUGCGAGGAGCGCUACGGGCUGCUGUGUGACACGGCACGUCUCCAACGGGCUCGCGCCAUCCGCUGCGGCUCCAGGGUGCGAGUGCAGCUACGCUCCGGCGACCCGCCGUUACCCGGCGUCGUCAGAUUCAAAGGAGCUCUGCUGCCUGACCGCGCUCUCUCCGGGAUCUGGUUCGGUGUCGAGCUGCUGGAGGAGGGUCGCGGUCAGGGUUUUACUGAGGGCUCGUAUCAGGGCCAACAGCUGUUCCGCUGUGAGGACGAAUGCGGCGUAUUCGUCGCUCUCGACAAACUGGAGCUCUGGGAGGACGAGGAACUGGAAGUAGAUCACCUGAGUCUGGUGGACAACGAGCCCGAUGUGGAAGGAGAUUUCCCUCCUUUGGACCUAAACUCUCGCGUCCUGGUGCAAAUACACGAGGGCCCUGAACGUGGCACGGUCAUCUUCUGCGACCUUUUACCCGGCAAUGAGACUCUCGGCUAUUACGUCGGUGUCGAUAUGGACAAUCCCAUCGGUGACUGGGACGGCGUGAUCGACGGGAAACUGCUGUGUAACUUUGCCAGCCUCGAGCACACCCGUCUCGUGCCCAUCUGUGAUGUCAUGCCAGAGUACUCCAUGCAGGACCCGAGGCUGUCCAAAACCAGCUUCACUCCCAGAGGGAGCAGUGAGAAGUCUGGCAGUCAGAGCAAACCAAAGAGCAAAGCGUUAGGUCUGCAAGCUGCCAGCAGAAGCAAGUCCGAGUUUUAUUAUACAUUAAACGGCAGCUCUGUCGAUCACCCGAGCCAGUCCAAAUCCAAAAGCACGUGGUACAUAGACGAAGUGGGUGAAGACCCAGCAAAGUCCUUGACCGAAACGCCUCCCGACUUCAACCAGGCCUCGCCACCACCCCGAGCUCCACCCACCGCCCCCUCGCUGUCCAGUGACAACAAGUUCCACUCACUGCCCUUCAGCCUGAGUCGCAAGAGCGGCCCCAAUGGGAGCAUGAGCCAUGGGCCGCUCUCGCUGUCCGUCCAAUCAGUAAUGGGAGAACAGCAGGAGGCUCCGCCCCCACCGACAGCUCCCUCUCCAAGGCCACCAUCACCCCCUAAAGGUCAGCCAGGGUUAGAGGUCGGGUCACUGGUAGAGGUGAAGGAGAAUCCACCCCUAUGUGGGGUGAUACGCUGGGUGGGUCUGCCCCCUGGACUACAGGAGCCUCUUGCAGGGCUGGAGCUGGAAGAGGAGUGUGUAGGAUGCACUGAUGGUACUUUUAAAGGCACACGCUACUUUACCUGUCCUCCAAAGAAAGCUUUGUUUGUGAAACUGAAAUGCUGCCGACCAGAUUCUCGUUUCCCCUCACAACACCACUCUCCUAAUCCAAUCGAACGCUGCAAUUCUAUAGCAUUUGGAGGUUACCUGAGCGAGGUGGUAAAUGAGAACACUCCUCCUCGUACAGAGAGUGAUGGCCUGGAUGUGAUGAUCGGGAAGAAAAAAGGCAUUCAGGGCCACUAUAACUCCUGUUACUUGGAUUCAACACUCUUCUGUCUGUUCUCGUUUAGCUCAGUGUUGGACACAGUGUUACUGAGGCCGAAGUCUAAGACUGAUGUGGAAUAUUACCUGGAGACACAGGAGCUGUUACGCACUGAGAUAGUCAACCCACUGCGGAUUCAUGGUUAUGUCUGCGCAACUAAGAUCAUGAAAUUGCGGAGAAUUCUAGAGAAAGUGGAAGCUGCAUCAGGAUUCACGUCUGAGGAGAAAGAUCCUGAAGAGUUUCUCAAUAUCCUGUUUCACCACAUCCUGAGGGUCGACCCUCUGCUUAAACUACGGAGAUCAGGCAGAAAUACUGUAGCAGAUUUGCAUAUUUCUGCUGGCCAGAAAGUCCAGGACUGUUACUUCUACCAGAUCUUCAUGGAUAAAAAGGAUAAAGUGCUUGUGCCGACCAGCCAACAACUGCUGGAGUGGUCCUUCAUCAAUAGUGACCUCAAGUUUGCUGAGGCUCCUUCGUGCCUCAUUAUCCAGAUGCCUCGCUUUGGGAAGGACUUUAAGAUGUAUAAUAAGAUUUUCCCGUCUCUGGAGCUGGACAUCACAGAUCUUCUGGAAGACACCCCCAGAGAGUGCCGCAUCUGUGGUGGGUUAGCUCUGUACGAGUGCAGGGAGUGUUACGAGGAUUCUGACAUCACAGCGGGAAAGAUUAAGCAGUUCUGCGAAAAGUGCAAUACACAGGUGCAUCUGCAUCCACGGCGUAAGAGUCACCGCUACAGUAAACUCUCGCUACCUAAAGAGCUUCAGGAGGGCUCAUGGAGACAAGCUGCAUUCCCUCGGCAGCAGAUGGAGCUGUUCGCCGUGCUCUGCAUCGAGACCAGCCACUAUGUGGCUUUCGUUAAAUACGGCUCAGCUCCAACCUCCUGGCUCUUCUUCGACAGCAUGGCCGACCGAGAUGGUGGCCAGAACGGUUUUAACAUCCCGCAGGUGUCCCCGUGUCCUGAAGUUGGAGCGUACCUGAAAAUGACCCCUGAAGAGCUUCACGCCCUCGACCCUAAAAACAUCCAGGGCUACGCACGGCGCCUGCUCUGCGACGCUUACAUGUGCAUGUACCAGAGCCCCACCAUGAGCCUGUAUAAAUAGUAAGAGGGAUACAGAGACACAGAAAAAGAGGGACAGAAAACAAAAACGAGAUGACGCGAGGAAACAAACGAGGCAUAGAUCAAAGCUGACAUUGGGACAGAGAAGGACUUCAUUGCACAGAAACCAACACUCCCUAACUGUUACUGUUAUUUUCUGUGUGUAUCGUCAAGUGUGAGGAUGAGAAAGAGGGGAAAAAAAGCUGAUUUGCACUGUUCGUGUGAGUGUGUGUGUGUGUGUGUUUGUUUGCGUGUGCGUAUUAGAGUAUAUCGUAAAUUCCGAGGCGAACAGUAACCUGAAACGGUGUCGUCUUUUUUUGUUCUGUCGCUCCAGUGCAGCAGGAUAUGACUGCUGUUACAAACACUGAUCCCAAAUGUUACCAGAUGCUCCGUACUUAUUCAUAAUAAAUCCAUCAUCCUCGACUUUA